AUGCAGUUUUGUGAGGAUUUGGUGGACGCUUUCAAGACACAGAAGGAGGAUCCAGUCGAGUUAUUGACUACGAUUGGCAUUCUGUCGGAGCAAGUAAAUGAGAAUUGUAGGAGACUUGAAAAACGUCAAUUCAUCAUUACGUUGCUGGAAGAGUUGGAGAGGAACCCUGUUGUGGUGGAAAAGAUUGGUUGGGAUCUAUGUGGUGAGCUUAUGACGUUCUUGGACCCCAGGAAUAUCAAUGUAAGUCAACCGUUGCGUUCGAGUCCCAUUAUCCCUCAUGUUAUGAGAUGCUUCAAUGUUGUGGCAUUGCAUGGUAAUCCAAAGCAAGUUCUUUUGACAGCAUGUGAACUAUUGAGUAACCUUACUUUUGAAGAAGAAGAUAAAGCUGCAAGGGAUGCUGAGAAAACGAAGACUGAGAAAGAUCGUGAGGAUGAUGCCAUUGCCGAUCCUAAUGCUGAUUUAUCAGAACACGUUCUUGAGAGAGAACCAGCUGACUUUUUCAUUGGUAUCAAGAUGCAUAUCCUCUUUGAGUUAAUUUCAACUUCAAUGAAGAGGCUCUCUACUUUGUAUCCAUCGAAGUAUUUGGGUGUUGCAGUUUCGGCAAUAGAAAGUUUCAUUACCAAUAAUGGGUCAUCCAUUGAUGAUCCAAACGUGUUAUUGCGUCGUGUCUAUAACAUUUGUAGAAGUUAUGAGCCACCUGAACUUCCUGAAGACGCCCUAAAGAAUAGUAAGCUUUCAAAGGAAGAGAUAGAAAGACUUUCUGAAGACGAAACAAUUUUGCAAAAUAAAUUACUCCGUAGGUUAUGUACUUUUGCUGCAGGUGAAUGUACCAAGGAUGUCAAUGUUAGGGCGGAGCCUGAAUAUUUUGCUGCCAUUACUAAGACAAACUCAAUCGAAAAUUCCAAAUUUUACACUGACUUGAUUGCUUUGCAGUCAAGAUUAUUCAAUCUUUCUUUAGCAUUUGAUAUUGAUAUAGAAAGUGAAUUUACCAAUUGUAUUAAAGAAUCUAAGAGAAUUUAUCACGCGUUACCAAAGGAAAGUGAAGUUACAAAUAAGGAAGCCAAACAAGUGAUAGGACAAGCUGUCUUUAAACUAUCAUACACUUAUCAAGUACAAAAAUUAGCACAUGAAAUGGACGUUCAAUUGGAUCCUGCGGGAGUUUUAGCUUUAGCAACGUUCUAUUACUCCGAAUAUAAGGAACCAUUAAUUAAGGAACUACCGAUUGAAGAUUCGAUAUUCUUAUACUUACGAUUUGUCACACCAUAUUUCUUUGUUCCAAAGAACUUGAAAAAUAAAACAGUUGAAUCAUCAGCUCGUUUUUGGCUGUGGGUAAGUCUCACCCAGAAUUCCAUUGAUACACUAAGAAAACAGCUUUCUCAACUUCAAUCAUUCAUAGUACACACCCUUUUGAAGACAUUAUUGUUGAGAAACUGUAACGAAGGUAAUGACAGACUAAGGAUGAUGACAUUUACCUUGAUUACACGUAUUCUAUGUCUCUUACCAGAGGAAAGUGCUUUCGAGUUUAUUGUAGACACCUUGGAAUCAUUCCCAUUUCCACACGGCAAAUCAUAUAUGCUUGUGAUAUUUAAGGAUUUGAUUUUGAAUAAAUGUCCAUUUGAUCAUGCUGUGAAUGAACUAACCUCAAAAUUAUCUAAUUUGACCAUUUCAAACUCAAAGGAGAGUAGAAGCUUCAUAAAUCUUGAUAAUGAAAAGGUAUUGCAAGUUCAGAAAUUGGCGAUUACAGCUAUUGAGAAUGCCAAUGCAACCACAGCAAAACAAACAGAUAUCAAUUUAGUAUCCAAUUAUCUAGGGUUUUUCUCUUCACUGUUAGAACAUAACAAAUUGAAAGUUAAGUCAAUUGAAGAUUUCAAAUCGAAGUUGAAAAGUAUAAAGUUAAGUGAUGGAGAUAUGGAAAAAUUGCAAAAAUUAAGUAAAUAA